UGAAUGAUAGGAAAACCUAAUAAAUAGUAAACAUUUUACGAUAACGUGGGCAAUCAUUGGAGGAUCUCGCAAGUCCACACAAUACCAGCUCUGUGUAUUGCUAAUAAAUAGAACCAAUCAUGACCUAUAUAGUGCUCAUAGAAUCGAUUGCGAAGGAUACAGCUUCCACUUCGUGUGAAAUAAAGGCACAAGGCUUGCAACAAGGAGAACUGAACAGUCUACGCCACGCCAUAACGAGUAAACAAUUAGUAGUAAAUGAGCUUACUUCAGAAGGCAACACUAGUAAUAUCUAUGAAGUCGAUGCACAGGGUGUUCUUCUGUUAAAUAUCCUUAGCAGCUAUGGCUUGAAUUACAAGGUUUCGAGCCAAUCGAUGGUGAUUGAGAAAACUGAUAUAGGAGGACGAACAUUGCAAGUACAGAAAACUGUUUGGACUCUAGCUAUGGAAUAAAACGUUAACAUUUUACUACAAAUUAACAUUUAUUAAUAAAU